UAUUUGAUAGUUUUAAUACCUACAGAUGUGAAAAAGUUGUUUGUUGUGAUGGAAGUUUUCCUUGUAUUUGGAUGGCAGUUCUUGCUGUUUUUUUAUUCUAGCUUCAAUGAAGUGACUUGCUCAUUUGUGGACUUGUGUCCUGGCAAUGAAUUUUUUGAUCCCAUCAGUUUGCUGUGUAAACAGUGCCCUGCAAAUCAAAGUUUUGUUGUGUAUUCUAAGAGAAGCUGCAGCAUUUCUGGUGAAACUUUUCUGUCUCCUUGGGGUCAUGGAAAUUGCCAAUGCUCUCCAGGAUUUUUCCUUCAAGUACAGAAGCAGGGAAUGGCAUGCCAAGAGUGUCCAGAAAAUUUUACAGCUUCAACAGAUGGGAGAGCCUGUGUUAAGUGUCAAUCUGAUGACCUAUAUGAUGAAGAGCUCAAAGUUUGCAAACCCUGCCCUCAAGGCUUCAUUUCAAUUGACCGGGCUAUGAAUGGGACUCAGUUCUCAAGGAAAAUGUGUAUCAAGUGUGAAGAAGGGACACUGGCUGACUCAAGCAUCAAUCGAUGUCUUGCUUGCCCUGCUUCGUUUUUCUCCAUCAAUGGUAGAUGUGAAUGUCCUGAAGCAACUCAUUCCAUAACGGACGGCCAGUGUGUCAAGUUAUCGGAGUUAAUGUCCAUACCUGACAGAGAAAGCAGUUACUUGAUACCCUUCAAUAGCAUGAAAGUUAAGUCAGAAAUUUUGCAUAAGUAUUACCGGUCUGUUGCCCAUGGUUGUGUUUUUAAGAGCAACCUCACAUCAUGUCAAUUCCUGGCCAACAUGUGUGUGCUGUUGCACUAUGCGUUCGAUAACGAACUGAACGCUUGUGGCUAUUAUAGGACUGUGUUUGGCAAGAGUGUUGCUGGUCUACCGGCUCAUGUACCGGGGAUAUAUUACGACGAAAAUGAUGCACCGCAGCUCUUGACUGACACUAAAAUGAAUACGGUUUUCAGUUUUCAACCAAGCUCGCCAAACAAUGUUUUGAAUUUCACUGUAUUGAAAGUCUCACCGUACGGUCAAAUACUAGGAAUAGGUGAGGCAAGACAGCUGCUAGAGUUGUGCCCAAAACUGAAGUACCACCUCGGUUCAGCAUUUCAGUUUGGUAUUAGUUUCAAAUUGAGCUGUUUAAUACCGACUUUCGCGCUGUGGAACAAUUAUGAAACUUUGUUCUACGAACUUUACUUAAACUAUUACAAUGAAGAGACUCAGUUGUUCGAAAGAUAUCCUCUUUACAUUUUAAACACGGAAUUCGAAAAGGACAAAGUGUUGGUGAACAGGAGAGCGCGAUUGGAUUGGCAGCUAACGAAAAGGUUUUUUCUCUUCGAUAAUCUCGGUGGCAGGGAAGCAGUUUCUGCAGGAACGUCACGCAAUGCUUUGGCAGUUCGAUACGCUAAAUAUCUGAAGCUAAUUAUCACGAAAAGAAAGGAUGGGUCUGAUGGUUUAAUAUAUCCUCCUUUACUGGUCUUGACUUAUGAUGAGGUUCCUAUAUCAUCACUGCGUGCUGCCGAUGAUGUUGAAAUGACUUUAGAGGUUCAAUACAAUAUGGAUUUCUCGGACGCUAAACGCGAUGUGUCCAUAUCUGCUGGAGUGAUGAGCAUCUUCGCUGUUCUUUGGUCGCUUAUCGAGGCUUACAGUUGGGGCAAACGAAGUGGAAAAGUCGGUGUCGAUCUCUCCGGUAUCUUCAGAUUACUUCUAAUCUCUUGCGGAAACUUGGCGAAUGUAUUUUUCCUCGUAAUGUUUUCUGCGUGCUUGUAUUGGACCAUAAUAUUUAAACAUCAAGGAGUUGUAUUCCUGCUACUUCCAACCCCACAAGACGAAUAUCUCAUCAAGCAGUACUUGAUAUCAGCAUUCUCGUUGAAGCUCGUGCAUUUAUGUUACGUGUUCUACGGUCAGAUGACUCUAGACUUGUUUCUGAUUGAUUGGGAAAAACCAAGAGCUCAAAAUACAAUACCACACCCCAGGUUGUCUAAAAAAUCUGAAUUGACCGGGAAUUCUAGCGGCCAAACUAUCAGCAUUUGGAGAAUUUAUUUUAUUGCUAAUGAAUGGAAUGAGAUUCAGUCUCUGCGAAAAAUAAAUUUGGCUUACCAUUUGAUAGCUAUUUUAUUCUUCUUAAAAGUUCUUGGCGUGGAAAACCAUGCUUCAUUCAACCCAAAUUCUUCGAUGACCGAGCGCCCGGCUGAGUACGAGCAACUAGACAGUUUUGUAUGCCGUUUUAGUCUCAGCGUUUCUUUGCAUUUGCUAUUAAUUGCAUUGCAGCUUCUCGUCCGAUCAGCCAUUUACGAACGAUACAUAGAGAAUAAACUACAACAGUUCAUAGACCUCUGUUCCAUGGCUAAUAUUAGCGUGUUUAUACUGGAAAACCCCUUAUAUGGCUACUAUAUUCACGGACGUUCCGUGCAUGGCUUUGCUGAUUCUGAUUUGCUAACAUUCUACGAACAAUUGAAGAGAGAAGAAGAAGAUCUUUGCGCCUACAGAGGUUUGGAAGCUUCGAGUGACUGCCAGACAUUUGAGGUUAUAACGACGUACAGAUUCAGAGAGGAGUACCUUAGAAUCUUGACGCCAACUCUCCAACAAAAUGCAACAAGUUUGCCUCAGUUUAGUUCUAAUCAUCGCCUCAAGCUCGAUACUAAAAAAGUCGAACUGACUGUUCAAGCUCACGAAACAAUGAAGAACUUUUUCGAAAUGUUCCUUCAACAUUCUUCGCCAGAAGUUGACUUUGUCAUCAAGGAUAAACUCUUCUUGGAGACAGUGCUUGAUGUUGAAUUUCAGACUGUAGAUGACAAAUGUCUUUUUUUCAGGGACCAGAAACAUCUCUUCGAUAGAGUUCUGCUCUACGGGCAAGAAACAGUUCUUGUAUUAUUUGAAAUUCUUCUCUUCACUUUUGUUGACUUGCUCUCGUAUGACUUCGUUCUUUCUGCCGUAGUUACUUAUGCAGUCUCGAGCGCUUUGAAAGCUCUACGAAAUGUCGGCGGCAAGAGGAAUCUCAUAAAGAAGACUCUUGUCGAUCAACGAUUUUUAAUAUGAUAGCAACGUGCGAUGAUCUGUGUGAGCCUUUCUGACUUUCUGUAAACUCAGAUUUAAUGUUCUCAUUCUAUGUAUAUUUGGGCACAUAAUUAUAGUUUUUUUGCACAUUUGGACUAGAUACACA